AGAGUAGUGUCAUGAAAACACCCGAAACAUACUCGAUGCUUGAACUGAGUCUGACUAUAAAGCAAAACGUACGUGUGUGCUGUAUUUCGGAAACAUUUUAUCCCGUGACAUAUUUGGGUCAAAGGACCAAAACACAGGGAACAGAUGUCCGGAAAUAAAGGAAAUCAGUUGCGGCAGUUUAUUUACCUCAGACAAGGAGGCGUAUCUGCCGACAUCUCGGUCGCCAGAUUAUGAAAGACCCUUUUUAGGUUGACAUCUAUACCUUGAUGGUCAGUGUGAGGCCAUGACAGAUCUGGAUCAUGGUCAAGCCUGUCGCCUACCUGCAGCCUAUCCAGAAAUGUCUAGUGACUACAAGCAGCUGACCAACACCUCAGGGAUUUUACCUGGAUGUCAGACAUCACCUGGUGAGAGACCUGACCCCAAAGAGAACAUUCACACUGUAGAGACAGAACAGGCAUCCAUCAAGUUUUUUGGGGGCGUUCCUGUAGGUGGGAGCUUUUCUGAAUCUGACAGUGAGGAAGAGCCACAGAAUUAUCUCGGGGUGAAUUCAGUCUCUGAACUACUGCAUGAUCAAGAUGACAGUUCUAACCCUAUAGAUACUAGCGUGAAGUUAAAAUUAAAUACUGGUGGUAUUAUUAACCAGCAGACCGCCAACAAAACGGAACAAAUUGUUAAUAAUGGUGUAACAUUUCCAGAUAGCGAGCAUCAGAAGGCUGUGAGGAACAAUCAAACCGAGCCAGGGGAAGUAACUCAAAAUGAUACAGCUGAAGCUGAAUGUAUACUAUCGUCAGAAAAGGACGUGAACCAGACCAGGAAGAGUAAGAUAGGCAGGGAAAACUUUGACAACAAUGGUCAGUGUGGUAAUGAUGUUCUUAAAGGGGACAAUUCAGAUCUGCCAGCCCAUGUGGACAGGCCUAGCAUCAGCAAUGGAUCAGAUUGUGCUGAUCAUGUCACACGUAUGAGACAAACACGCUUCAAUCCCUUUGACAGAGAUGUUGUAUUCGAGGAAGAUCACUUUGCCACACCAGAGCAUUCCUUCCUUGAAGCCUCUAGAGACUACACAAACCAUUUUUCACCUGGGCAUCAUCAUGGCCGUCCUGCUCAGUCUUUCUCCAGUACCAGUGAUUCCUUCAGCCUCUGCUCACCAGAUUUCAAUGAUGAUGACUUUUCCUUUGCUGACCUGGGUUUAGCUGAGGACCAUUUCUCUAGGCCAGAGGGACAUUUUGGUAUGUCAACAUUAGAAGAACUGGAAAUGGCUAUGGAAAACUGUAAAGACAUGAUAAAAGAAGUGCCUCAUCAUUCAGACAAACAGAAAACCUUAGUGCGCAAACUUGUGCAUCUGAGAAUGAAGUAUCAAGAGUACAAGGAAGGCCCUGAGCCAGUUGAGCCAGAUGUGAAGAUGGUGGUAGGUCACAAGUUUAAACAGAAGGACAGUCGCAGCUCUAAGCACUACUGUGAGAAAUGUAAUGCUGUGAUCUGGGGCAUGCUGCAGGUGUGGUACAGGUGCACAGAAUGUGGCUAUCACUGUCACGAGAAGUGCCUCAACCAGAUUACACGUACCUGUGCCAGUGUUAAGGUUGCAGAAAAUCCAUCCUACAUUUUAUCAAUUUGUCCUGAGAAGGGAUUGGCGUAUCAGAAUUACCGCUGCGCGGAAUGUAGAGCACACAUCUCCUUCAAGAGUGGUUUCAGCGAGCCUAGACUGUGUGACUAUUCAGGAAACUAUUACUGUGAGCUGUGUCACUGGAAUGAUGUAAUGAUAAUCCCAGCACGAGUCCUUCAUAACUGGGACUUUGAACCUCAGAAGGUCUGCAGAGCAGCCAAGCAAUACCUCCGCCUGAUGACCAGCAGAGCUGUGCUCAGAAUACAAGACAUCAACCCAAUGCUCUUCAACUUUGUGGAGGAAUUAGACGAUGUAAAGAAGUUAAGAGAAGAGAUAUUAAUCAUGAAGAAGUACUUCCUGUCGUGUAAAUCUGCCUUGGAUUCCAAACUUCUUCUGCAGCUGUCCUCACGACAGCAUUGCGUGGAGAACUCAGACAUGUAUUCUCUGACGGACCUGGUAGAUGUUCACUCAGAUGUCCUGCUGCCUGAGCUUGCCAAAGUUCACUCUAGUUUUGCCCAGCACAUCAAAUCUGACUGCCAGCUGUGCCAGGCUAAAGGCUUUAUCUGUGAACUUUGCGACACCCAUGAGGUCCUGUUUCCAUUUGAUAACAUUGCUGUCGUAUGCCACCAGUGCUCCUAUGUUCUUCACAGGCAUUGUUUUGUCAAGAGGGAUAAUCUUUGCCCAAGGUGUGAGAGGAGAAACAAACGCAAUGAGAAGUCCUUGGGUACUAGCUAAUAGUUCAUCAGUGUAAAGUUCCCUCUUGAUGGUGCAUUGGACAUGAGAAAUUGGACACUCACAGCUUAAGAU